CGAGUGAGUGGGAACAAACCAUAUUUAAUCAUGCACAAACCCCAGAAACUUGUUCGUGUCAUGCCACUGCAGCAUAAAUCAUACAGAGGCUUUUAUUAAUUCACAGCACCACCAGAAAGACACGACACCUGUCAAACCCCGUUCCCCAGACUGACGGCCCCGGACUGGCGGGUCGGUCGGCGCGGCGGCUUCAGUCUGCCUGCUGACAGCAGAGCGGAGCGGAGCGACAGAAAGAGAAAUGGCGCCUCGGUGCUGCACUCACUGAGGGGAGGCAGUGCUUUGGAGCCUACAGAAAGACUGAAUAAGGGACACAAACAAACACACACGCGAGGGGAGCGACAUGGUGAACACACGAAAGAGAGCACGGCCUCUGCCUAGCAAUCCGUUCAUCUCGUCGAGGACUAGGUCGUCGUCCAGAAAUGAGCCAAACUCUGAGGAACAUAAGGAGCCUGUGAGUGACGUGAGUAGUCCCAGCAGCCCGAGGAUGACCCCUCCCUCCAAGCGGACGCGUAGACAAAUUCCCUCCACCCCCUGUUCCAGUGACACCUCUCCGUCUCCCCAGACCAAGGGUCAACGGGUCAACUGGGAAAUCCCCACUUAUCGCACCAGGCUGUCCUCUCGCACAAUGCAAAAUGGACACGCCCAUAUGAGCCAUCGCGACGAGCCGGGAGGCGGGGACGAUCACUCUCGCAUGAAUGGUCACGUGGGGCUGAAGCGGGUGAGCUGCCGGGUGAAGAAGAGCCAGUUUGAGCACCUCAACCAAAGCCUGCUGUUCGACCAGCUGGUCAACAGUACUGCUGAGGCUGUUCUGCAGGAGAUGGAUAACAUCAGCAGCAUCCGGCAGAACCGAGAGGUGGAGCGUCUGCGCAUGUGGACCGGAGACACUGAGGAGGAGAACAUGGACAUGUACUCACGAGUCAAGCGCCGGAAAUCCUUGCGGAGGAACACGUUCAACAUACCUCCACACCACAAAGUCCUGAGCAAGAAAAAGCAGCAGGAGGAUGAUGAUGACGACGACGAAGAGGAGGAGGGCACUGAAGAGUCGCACGGCGAGGAAGGGGAAGAGGCAGAGGACGACGACGACGAAGACGACGAAGAGGAUGAAGCGGAGGAGGCAGGGGAGGCCAACGGCCGGCCGUACAACCUUCGCCAGCGCAAGGCCAUGCAGCGGUACGAGGCUCCGCCUAUCGAGCCUGUGAACAGAAAACAAAGCAACCCGUCCCUGUUCGACACCCACAGAUCUCCAGCAAGAAGAAGCCAUAUAAGAGUGAAGAAACACGCCAUCCACAGCAGUGACACCUCCUCCUCUUCGGACGAGGAGCGCUUCGAGAGGAGGAAGAGCAAGAGCAUGACGCGGGCCAGGAACAGGUGUUUGCCGAUGAAUCUGGGCACAGAGGAGCUGUCAGGCGGGGUGCUGCGGAAUCCGGGUGAAAGUGGUGCCAGCCUAGCAGAUGUGGACCCCAUGAACCUCGCUAGCUCGGUGAGGUUUGACAGUGUGGGAGGGCUCAGUAAGCAGAUCCAGGCCCUGAAGGAGAUGGUGGUGUUCCCGCUACUUUACCCAGAAGUCUUUGAGAAGUUCAAGAUUCAGCCUCCGAGAGGCUGCCUGUUCUACGGCCCGCCAGGAACGUGGAAGACCUUAGUGGCACGGGCGCUCGCCAACGAUUGUAGCCAUGGCGACAAGAAGUUGUCGUUCUUCAUGAGGAAAGGAGCCGACUUGCCUCAGCAAGUGGGGUCGGCGAGUCGGAACGGCAGCUGCGCCCUGCUCUUCGACCAGGCGUACCUGAUGAGGCCGUCCAUCAUCUUCUUUGAUGAGAUCGACGGCUUGGCUCCUGUCCGAUCCAGCAGGCAGGACCAGAUACACAGCUCCAUCGUGUCCACUCUGCUGGCCUUGAUGGACGGUCUGGACAGCCGCGGGGAGAUAGUGGUCAUCGGUGCUACAAACAGACUUGACUCUAUCGACCCCGCUCUCCGAAGGCCGGGCCGCUUUGACAGGGAGUUCCUCUUCAGCCUGCCCGACAAGAAGGCCCGAAAGCACAUCCUUGAGAUCCAAACAAGGGACUGGAACCCCUCAUUGGCCGAGCUGUUCGUGGACGAACUGGCAGAGAAAUGUGUCGGCUACUGCGGCGCUGACCUCAAAGCACUUUGCACGGAGGCGGCGCUGAUGGCGCUGCGACGCCGCUACCCGCAGAUCUACAGCAGCAGCGUCAAGCUCCAGCUGGACGUCUCCUCCAUCACCCUGGGGGCCGCCGACUUCAGCAAGGCCCUGCAGACCAUCGUCCCGUCCUCCCACAGGGCCCUGGCUCCGUCGGGGCGCGCCCUGGACCCUGCCCUCAGGCCCCUCCUGGACCACUCCCUCUCUCUGGUGCUGAAGUCCCUGCUGCGAGUGUUCCCCCACGCCGCCACGCAGCAGACCGACGGGGACAAUGCAAAUGGCGGAGACAAUCAACAGCUAGAAGAGGAUUUAUGCAGCGACGACGACAAUGAAUGCACCCCCUCCAUCUACGAUGUCAACCCCGCCGGGCCCACCAUGAGCCUGCUCCCCUUCCCCACGUCUCAAAGACCCUUCCUUCACCUCUCAACCUCAGUGCUCCAGCAGCCAACGGCGUAUCGGCCCCGGCUGCUCCUGGCCGGGCCCCCGGGCUCGGGCCAAAGCUCCCACUUGGCCCCUGCCCUGCUCCACCACCUGGACAAGCUUCCAGUGCACCGUCUGGACCUGCCCACCCUCUACUCAGUCAGUGUGAAGACUCCAGAGGAGUCCUGUGCUCAGGUGUUUCGGGAGGCGCGUCGGAGCGUGCCCAGCGUGGUGUUCAUGCCACACAUCUCCGAGUGGUGGGAAGCUGUGAGCGAGACUGUGAAAAGCACCUUCCUCACCCUGCUCCACGACGUCCCCUCCUUCAGCCCCAUCCUCAUCCUCGCCACCAUCGAGUCCCCCUACUCACAGCUGUCCGAGGAGGUGAAGUGUUUGUUCCAGAGGGCCUUCGGGGAAGUGGUGACGCUGUCUCCUCCUGGUGAGGAGGAACGGAAGAACUUCUUCUCUGAUCUGCUUUUGGUGCAGGCUGUCCGGCCUCCACCACAGCCCCGCGCCACAGUAGAGAGGGGUGCGGAGGUGCUGCCGGUAGCCGAGGCCCCUGGCCCCCGGGCGCUGUCGGCCGAGGAGCAGCGGCGUCUGGCGGAGCAGGAGGAGAACACGCAGCGCGAGCUCAGGCUCUUUCUCAGGGACGUGACCAAGCGCCUGGCGACGGACAAGCGCUUCAGCAUCUUCAGCAAGCCCGUCGACAUCGAUGAGGUGUCGGACUACCUCGACGUGAUCCGCCAACCCAUGGACCUGUCCACCAUCAUGACCAAGAUCGACACGCACCGCUACCUGACCACCAAGGAGUUCCUCCUAGACGUGGACCUCAUCUGCAGCAACGCGCUGGAGUACAACCCGGACAAGGAUCCCGGAGACAAGGUGAUACGACACCGUGCCAGCAGCCUAAAGGACAGCGCCCAUGCCAUAUUUGCCUCUGAGCUGGACCCAGAGUUUGACCGCAUGUGCGAGGACAUCAAGGAAGCCCGCAAGAAGAGGGACUUUCAGACGCCAGCCCAGCCGACUGCAGCUCCCGGCGCCGCCGUGGCAACCAGAAAGCACAGCACCGUGGGAGAUGAGCGAGCAGGGAGCAGCACUCAGGGCGAAGCAGCCGACAAGCAGUGUGCCAGUAACCACUUGAAGCGCAAGGUGCGGCGGCGGCCAUUUUGGGGGCGCGGCAUCAUCAGGAAGAAGAAGAUUUACAAGAAAGGCAUCGAGGAGGAAGAGGAGGAGCCCGAGGGGGACACCACGGGCCCUUGUGACUCCUGUCUCACGCUGGACGAGGAAUCGUCGUGUGACACCAUGCCGCCCCAGCCCAACGGCCACCACGCACCCUCCCUCGGGCCUUCCACGGAGGAAGAGAGCUCCAACGAACCUCCGGUCGCCCCGCCCACCCUUCUCCCUGCAAUCGAGCCACUGGUCGCCCUGCCCGCCCUCCUCCCAGCAGGCGAGCGACCGAUCGCCCUCCUCCCAGCGAACGACCCUCCGGCCGCCCUCCCCACCCUCCUCCCUGCAAACGAGCCACCCCCAACCGAGGUCCGGGCGAAGGCCGAGGAGCAGAGCGGCAGCGGGCCGGAGCCCAGGGACGCGAGGAAGGACGCGCAGGCACAGUCCGUCGGUGGCGGUCAACAUCCAACACCAGCAGCGCGGCGGGCUGAACCCAAGCCCGAGACGGACGCCGUGUCUCUGGGCGCAGACGCGAAGGACAAAGGGGACAGCGGAGCCUCAGAGUUGGAGUGCGUGAACGGGGACGAGUCCAUGGACAGCCUGGACUCUUCCAGCCCCACAAAGAGCUGCGGGGAGGGGGACACGAACGCGCAGGACGUGGCUGAAGGCUCGGCAAAACCCGGGCGGGAAGAGCAAGGCGUCGCGGCGGAGGCUGGAGAAACUCAGGUUCUGCCCCCCCAGGAAGGGAGCUCGGGGGCGGAGGUAGCAGACGAAGGCCACGAUGCAGAGGACUGCGAUAAAGAAGGGAUCAGCGGGAGACGUCGUACGAGGAGCCAAUCAGAACAGAUUGUGCAAUCUGACGAGAAAACGGAGGAGACUCCAUUCCACGCUGCACCGUCUCCUCCUCCUCCACCACCACCACCGCCGCCGCCACCACCACCCCUAAUCAUUGACCACCAGCGACUUUCGGCUCUGCUGGGAGCGCUGGUACGGAAGAGCGAUGGCUACAGCGUGGAUCAGCUGGAGCGCCUGUACUCCCUCCUCAGUCAGUGUAUCUACCAGCGACGCAGGGACUACGACAAGACCCGGCAACUGGAGGACAUGGAAGAGUGCGUCCAGCAUUUCGACACAUUCCUGUGAGACCCAGAAGUCACUCUAGGGGGGUGGUGAAGCCCCCUCCCCGGGGGGCUAGGAGUAAGAGGAGUAAGAGAGUGUUGGACCAUGGAGGCAAGACGAAACAAGACGCAGAACAAAACACAAGGAGAGGGAGCAGGAGAGAGAGAGAUAGACUAUGGGCAACUUUCAGAGUCCAGUCCUUUAACGUGACGGUGGAGGUGAUGUCGGUGCUGGGGAAACGCGAAAAAAAGAGCAAAUCAAGCCCCCUUCCUGUGGCCGAAGCGUGGACAUGGAGAAGGGGACAUUCUAUGGUGCUAUUGUCUCAGGAAACUGGCCCGACCCAGAUCGGUUCUGCAUAACCAAACUCCUGGAGGUGUUGUGUCAAUCGCACACGCGCACACACACUGAUGUAUACAUAGACAGAAACACUCACACACACCCAUACAUACACAAACACAAAGAAACAAGCGCAAGGAAACACACACACACACACACACAUGCACACACCCUGGCACAUUCAGACACACACACACACAUCCAGACACAUCCACACACACAAACACAUCCAGUCACAUCCAGACACGCACACACAGAAACAUAGACAAACACACACACACACACACACACUGAUAAACUCAUGCACACGGACACAACCACAGGCCACGCUGGUGCUACUCGGGUGCUAUGCUAACGUUUAUCCAUGCUGCUCUUGGGAUUACCUUCACACUCUGGACUCCCGGACAAGCUACAAUCACACUGAUUGGGUGAUGUCAAACCUGCCCAUGUCUUUUAUAGGUGCUGGCCGUGUACACACGUUUGUGCAAACACACUAAUGCAGACUGGGAAACAAACGCAAAAGACAAGUGUGCGAGUGAAGGACACGCACAAGCGCACACACUGAGAAGAUCCUCACCAGCAGAAGUGUGAAUGUGAAACGAGGGCGGGUGUGGUUCUGGAUCACUGAACUAUUCUACUCUCUCGCCCUUCGGUGCCGUGUUUCAUCAUUCGGCGGUUAUCUCAUGGCCCAUUUCCAGCUUCUUUGCAGUCUCCAUUAUUAUAUUACGAUUCUGUGUCCCCUCCCUCACACCCCUAACAAGGAUUUUUGAGUUCACACACUUUCAGUCGGUCCGUCGACGGAGUAAAUAACAACCUACUCCUCAGCGUCUCACCGACAUGUUCCUCGAGGUUGCGUUAGUGGGAAAAAAGCAAAAAAAAACAAUGACGACAAAAAAAAAUAAAAGGAGCAGCUAGCCAAAAAAAAGUUUGACUUUACCGCGUUGCGGUGCACGCAAAACCUCUCCCUCCGAACUGCGAAACUCUCGGACCUCCCUUCGACUUGUUAUUCGAAGUAUUCCCCUUGAUCGUCACGUGGCGACGGCGGUGGUGCUCAUACAGGCCCCUCCCACACACACACAGCCCGUUCACAGUGUACAUGUUUCCCUUCCCAAUCAAGCUGUGUCCCCCGCGUGCCGCCUCGGCUUCCUUUCCUGACACCCAGGCGGGGGGAACUGGAAGCGGUUCAGACUAGAACCUCGUCUGUAGUUUUCUGCACUGCCUAGCGUGUGCCUUAUUUGAAACGUUGUGGGUGAAUCCGUACGUUGGCCUGGUUUCAGGGAUUUAUUUAGGGUUCGUCACCGGUCUGGGGGGGACCCGCUUUUCAACCCUUUGCCCCCCACUUUGUGUUGAGGUCUGUGUGUUUAUAAAUACACACUCUCUCAGGCUCACAAAUUUAGUCACUUGUGACCAGACUUGGGACAUGACCAAAGGAGUUAUUAUUUGCCCAAAAAUAUCAAAAAAUUAAACACAAACAAAAAAUAUCUCAAAAUGGACAGAAAACAGCAGAAAGAGCGACGACAUCAUCUGUGACUCAUAUGAAGCGUAUACAUCGUGCAUAUGCCUCGCGGUCCAGUCAUGUAAAGCAGGCGCACCUCAACUUAAACUUGAGUUUUGAUGUAUAUAAAUAUAAGCGUAUGUUCAGUUCAAUAGACCCAUGCAGCGGUUAAUUAGGGAAGUUAACCAACAAUGCCAACGUCUUAUUGGCUAGUUCACAGCAGGAUUCUCUGUGCCAUGAUGUGCCCCCCCCCCCUUUCCUCAACCACCUCUUCUUCAUAGGUGCUAGGCUGUGAAUACAGUGGUGCUCGUUCCCCUUCGACACAGAAACACUCGAGAUCCGAUGUCAGACGGGCCGCACAGAAAUGCAUUCUUCACCCGUAUUGUUUUGUCAUCCUGCUUCUAAAGAGACGCAUACGAAAUGGCUCCGGAAUCGAUGUUGAAAUUGUUUUUCUUCUCCCGAGUCGUCGGCGUGUGAUAAUGAUCAAGGACAUUCUAGGCAGUGCCAGUCGCUAAGAAAUGAAAUUCAUUUUCGUUGUGGUUUUGCCGGUUUCCCAUUUGAUUUUUGUUUUUUCUCUUCCCGCGUACAUCAGUUAAAAAAAAAAAUAAACGCCCGAGGGAUUUCGUCUCCGGAGGGGCAACACAAUAUUUGUCAUCUUGUCUGCAGUCAAGUCAAACACAUUAACUGAAGUUAUGAAAUAACAAUCCUGGCGUUGCCAUGUUUGUUUUGUUUGUUCGAACGAGAACCCGUUCAGCAGACGUGGGCUUCAACCACAAACGCGGCCGGCCUCCCUGCAACGUCGGCGACCGCUGUGAGACAAACCCGCCGUCUACCGCUAUCUCUCCAUCACCCCCACUCACCACGGCCUUCUCCUCCGCUUCCACCGCGCGGUCCGAUAAGAAAGCGCAAACAGACUGGCAUCCACGGCCUGGCACUCGGGACUACUGCAGAGAGAAACCAGAGCUACCUCAGCCUAAUUUAUUUUGAACACAACAACCACAUCAACACAUGUGAGUUUACUGGGUAUAGUAUGCAGUACUUUGUUGUUUUUUUUGUUUUUGUUUUUUUUCUUCUGAAAACUGUCUCAGCACAUACCAGCGAAGGUACAACAUGAUCUGUUCCACGUCUGUCGCAGUUAUCCCAGGUGUAUUUCAUUCUAUUUGUUGUGGGGGGGCUUUUAUUUUGUUUCCGUAGGUUCGUCUGUUUACAAUUGAGCCCGAAGGAAUCGUUGCUUAUGUUAAGGAAACUUCUUCAACUGUAUGAUUUUAAACUUUCGAGUUGACAAAGCAGAUAUCUUUUUUUUUUUUCAGUCGUAGGCUUAUUGCCUUGUAUUAUCUCGAUGGAAUUUGUUUUUCUUCAAAUUAUAAGUUUUGCAGGUUCUCAUCUCACUUGGAUCUAUUAUUUGUUUCCUUUUAUUUAUUAAUGAUAUUAAACAUGUUUUUUCACUUCAUUUUCAGUAUAACGUCUUUUUUUUGUACAUUUGAUGUGUAACGAAUGAAAGUUGUGUAGCGUUUGUGUAGCAGGUUUUUUGGGGCUGCAUGUGAGGGGAAUUUAGGGUUUACAGUUCUCUCAGGUUCAACACAUGCAACACUUGCUCUUUAAAGUUUCUAUUUAUUUUCAAUGUGAUUUGGGGUUAGGUGGUCAACAUACUGGUAAAAACUUAAUCGCAGAACAGAAUUUCACAAGAAAUAUGGCAUUUCAGUCUGUCUACAGACCACAAGAUGGGUGUAUUCAAACUGGUACUUUCGUCUCCUAUGUUUCGUUACUUUUGUGUCCUUUUGCCAAGAGGGUAAUACAUUUGAUUAAAAAUGCAUUUCAGAGUAAAAUAAAUUGAUAGUGAAAUGUCACACAUUUAAUGUUGAUACAUUUAAGGACUAACAACCAAUUUUUGUCUGGUAGUUGAGACUACUUAAUCCAAUAAUGGCGUUCAUUUUUUUCUUACAUGUUUUCCACACCUUUUUGACACGUUUUGUCAAUAGCUUUUGUAGCAUUUUAAGAUUUGUUUUGGAAAAUAAACACAAACCCAUUCUUAUGUAUGUGUUACAUUUAGUGUAAAUUAAAAUUUAAAAUGUAACACUUACUGUACUUCUGAAUAAACUGCUGUGAUAUACUUAAAUAAAGGUUAAAAUUGUAA